GCUGUUUAUAACGAUGAGCGCCUUCAUGUUAACACGUUCAGGUUAGCGGUGUGAAAGCUCCACACAGGAAGAGGAGAAACGGAAAGUGCGCAGUUACAUCGCUGUUAGCUUCUGUCGCUGUAUGUCGGCCCGUUAACGGCACUCUGACAGCGCGCCAUCACUAGCAGCAGCACCAUCACUAGCCAGCAGCAGCGGCAGCACCUCCGGCGGCAGCAGCAGCAGCAGCAGCCUCUCAUUCAUAAAGUGACAGAUAUGUCUUCACCCAGCACACGACACACCGUGGUGAAAAAGAAACACGUCCGCUUCGCCAGCAUGGAGGACGACGACGACGACAACGACGACCAGGAGGAGGACACCCUGUUUGACAAGAGGAAGGACACCGGGAGAGGGCUGAAGAGUGCGCUGAAGGCGGCGAAGAGGGCGACCAAACCGGGAUGCGACGACCGGGUGGAAGUGAUCGGCGGAGGAAGCUGCGGCCGCUGGAUGGUCACACUGGCGCUCUGUGCGUCCUUCCUAGGCUUGGGGAUGAGCAUCUCAGUUCUCGGCCCCACGUUCGAGGACCUGGCUGUGAACGUGAAGAAGAACAUCAGCAACAUCUCCUACAUCUUUGUGGGACGUUCUGCAGGAUACAUCGGCGGCUCCCUCUUAGGAGGCGUUCUCUUCGACUGCAUGAACCCCCACGUUCUGCUAGGAUUUUCCAUGCUGGUCACAGCGUUUGGAAUGUGUGCCAUUCCUUUCUGUAAUCAGGCUCUGCUCCUCACCGCGCUCAUGUCCAGCAUCGGGAUCUCUAUGGGUGUUCUGGAUACAGGUGGGAACGUCCUCAUCCUGAACACAUGGGGCGAGCAGGCUGGACCUCAUAUGCAGGCUCUGCACUUCAGCUUCGCAGCCGGGGCCUUCGUGUCUCCCAUCAUCGCCAAACUGCUCUUUGGUCCAGACGUGAACACCAGCAGCGCCGCAACCGUACCGACCAACGCAACUACACCUCUCCCAGCCGUCCCCAAAUCCCUCGACACACACACCAUCAUCCGCUACGUCCACAGCAGGAGCAGCACGCUAAAAUCCAUGUGGGCCUAUAUCGUGAUCGGCUCCUUCGUCCUCCUCAUCGCCAUCCUCUUCUUCACACUCUCCUCUCGCGGCAGCACGUCACGUGACAAAGCCCGCAUGUCUGCAGGAAAACCCCUCGUGGCCAAACAUCACAUGGCUCUUGUUGUCCUGCUCUUCUUCUUCUUCUUUGCCUACGUAGGUGCCGAGGUGGCGUACGGCUCCUUCAUCUUCACCUUCGCCAAGGACUACGCCCACAUGGAUCAGUCCCAGGCGGCCGGUCUGAACUCAUUGUUCUGGGGAGCGUUCGCUGCCUGCAGGGGAUUGGCCAUCUUCUUUGCAGCCUGCUUGUACCCGGGCACCAUGAUCCUGCUCAGCCUGGUGGGCUCCACUGUGUCCUCCCUGCUUCUCUGCCGCUUCAGCCAGGUGAAGGUGGCGCUGUGGGUUUGCACGGGCCUCUACGGAGCAUCCAUGGCCACCAUCUUCCCCAGCGGCAUCUCCUGGUUGGAGCAGUACACCACAGUGACGGGUCACACGGCCGCUGUGUUUGUAGUGGGAGCAGCGCUGGGUGAGAUGGUGCUGCCCGCCUUCCUGGGCUUCCUGAUGGGGAAGGUCCAGCAUCACCCCCUGCUGAUGUAUCUAGCACUCAUCACCUCCACCUUCACCUCCAUCCUCUUCCCCGUCAUGUACAAGCUGGCCUCAGCCCCCAGCGGCCAGAGCAGGAAACCUCGUGCCAGGGGCCGACCUACCGCUGACGACAGCGAAUACCGUCAGGCGCUGCUGGAUUCAGGUGCCAACGAUGAAGAAGAGGAGGAGGAGGAGGAGGAGGAGAACGAGGCCGAUCAGUGGAACGAUGCAGACUUUGAGGUCAUUGAGAUGGACGACACAGCCAGUCUCAUCAGCUCGCCCAGCAAGGCGUCCUCUCCUCCUGAUGUCACCGGUCUAACGGGGGGCUCGCCUCCCUCUCACGGCCAGCUCACAGAGCCUGCAGGGGGGGCUUCGUUCUCAGACACCAUUUCUCUGGUGGGAGACUCCCCCAGACGCAAACUGCUGCUCUCACUGGAGAGAGAGAAGAGAGACUGAAACCUCCUCCUGUGACCCCCCCUCCCAUCCCUCCAAGUGCUGUAG